AUGGAGCGCCCGAAGAAGAGCGCGGUGGCUGGCCUCCCCGACGACCUCCUGGUGGAGAUCCUCUCCCACCUCCCCAUCAAUGAGAUCCACCGAUCCAAGUGCGUCUCCAAAGGCUGGCGCGACCUCAUCGCGGAUCCCCUCCACCACAAGAAGCUCCCCCAAACUCUCCAUGGGGUUUUCCCUUCUUACGUGGGGGAGUUGGGAUCUUUCAUCAAUCUGUCUGGGGGAUCCGCGUCUCCCGUCGACCCUUCCUUCACCUUCCUCAAGAAGCUGCCUGGCAUUCACAACAUCUGGCUCAGGGCGUCCUGCAAUGGGCUCCUCCUCUUUAGGCACAGCACCUGGUUUCGUGAGCUCGGCUAUAUUGUGUUCAACCCCGCCACAGAGCAGUGGGCGGCCGUGCCCAGCGAGCAUACUCUGGCUGACAGGCCCAUUCGCUUGAACCACACCUGUUUCGUGUUCAAUCCGGCUGUCUCCCCCUACUUCCAUUUGGUCAUCAUCAGCGCGCAGGAGGGGAGCCUGGCAACAGUGCAAUCCUACUCCUCAGAAACAGGGGUGUGGAGGCACACCCAGAUUGACUGGGCUCAGGAAGUAUGGAGGAUAAGACAAUGGAAUGCGCCGCCGCGUCCUCAGAUCAGGGGUGCGGUCCCAUGUGCCGCCAUUUUCAAUGGCAUGCUGUAUUUGAUCUUGACUGAUAAUCAGAUAUUUGAGGUGGAUGUGGAAGGGAAGACAAAAAGGAUCAUCCGAGCGCCGUCUUCUGUGGGUGGGCGGGUUCAUGGCUGCUGUCCGCUUUUCAUUGGUCAAUCCCAAGGGCACCUAUAUUGCAUCAACGAAGAACAUUGA